AUGAGAAUCAUCAUUGAUCUGAAAGGUUUCGAUUCCACAUGUAUUUCAGUAAACCUCAAAUCAUAUGCACCCUCUGCAUUUGCGCUUCAAUCAACAGUUCAGUUUGAGGAAGCAAGAAAGGGUGGAUACAAGGGUUUUGAUCGUGCUGAUCUCGAGUACCGUGCUUACUACCUGUUACAGAGACAGACGUUCAUAUAUUACCAACUUUCGAUGCUUAGGUACUUGCUAUCAAAACCACAUAGAGAGACUUUCUUCCCUAGGAAAUUGUACUAUGUGGGGCCACAUAGCUUUAUUCCUUCUAAGGAAGAUAUUGAUGAUUAUAUUGAGAAGCCCAGGGUUGUCUAUCUGUUUUCACGGCACAACUACAAUCAGUUUGUCUCCAUUGUUAUGUCAAGAAAGAACGAGACGGAACUCCAGCUCUUGAAAAUCGAGGAGGAUCAUUCAGGGAUUAAGGAAUUUGUGCAAUCGAAUUGGAGGAGCUUUAAAGAUGGAAUUUACAAAGUGUUGUUGAUUAAAGAGCCUGGAUUUACCGUGUUUGAUUGGGAGAAGUUUGAUAGAUUCUAUGACAAGUUUAGUUGUUCAUUGCAGUGGUUCGAGACUCUUGAUAUCCGUAACUCACCAGAGGUUUACUUACACGAGCUUAGAGAUGGGUUGGCGCUCUCGGAAUAUUUAAGCUUUGUUAUUACUGGCCAAUGCCGUGGUGGGAAUAGGAGCAUGCUUUACGAUAGAGUCAAGUCCAUUGAAGAGACAAAUCAUGAAAAGCGGAAGGUAUAUGGUAUUGAACAUGGUGCUAUCAACUUGCUACUUAAAGGCUUUGAAUUAAGAGAGAAGAUACACAGACACCGUCAAAGGAGGAGGGAAUGGAAUGAUCUGAAAAUUGAAGAUAAUGCAGCAGGAAAAGAGGUUAGGAAGGCCAGUGGCGUGGAAGGACGCUAUAAUUCAUGUACAAUGAAUGCAAGCACAAUCACCGAAGUUGGUUCCACUACCAGUUCAGUAAAUGGAUUAGGCACCGAGUCCGUAGAUUUUUUUGAAAAAUUAUGUAGUACAUUAAGAGCAGAGAAAAAUAAACACAGUUGGUGUAUACAUACCCCACAGAAGACCAAAGAACCUAAGGAAAAGGAAAAGGAAAAGAAAAAAUCCAAGGAGGGGUUUAUCCUUAAUGAGGUUGCCGAUGCAUAUGGUAGAAAGACUCCAAAUUCAAAGAAUAUAGGGCCUUGGUUAUCCCGAGUAGUGGCAAACCGUCGCUCAAGGAGAGAUGAGAGUGCAUGUCACACCAAUAAGAUAGUAAAGGACGCUCUCUUGACAGAUUCAGCACAUCCAUAUCCAUUUUUCAAAUUUGUACAGGGCGUAUAUGGCAGUGACUGUGAGCUCGACCAGCCGGUGAUGGUUGGUGAGGAAUAUGUGAGAUAUGGAUGGACGUUUUAUAGGGAAGCAGCUCUAUGGGAUGAGGUUGUAGCGACUUACCAAGAAAUCACUCCCGAAGAGGACCGGUAUUUUGGGUACAAUACUAGAACUAAACGGUGGUCAAGCUGGUGGAACAGGUAUGACAGACGUGUAUGUUCUGCUCUCCAGCAGCUACAGAAGCGUUAUUUAGAUGUCAACUCUGGAACCUCCAAGUUACAGCAGUUAAGUGAUCAAGAAGCUAGAGAUCGAGACAACGUGCUGCAAGUGACUUCGAUGAAUGUUAACACAGGAAAGUCUUCUGAAAGCUAA